AUGCCAGCUGCUCAGCAUAACCAGCUGCGAACCAAAGCCUUCUUCGUCAAGUUUGCACCCACAUCCGAAAACACUUCUCCUUCCUGUUUCACCUCUGGCUUGCUGCCCAAAGUACCCACAAACCACGGAGGCCAAGGCUGAAAAUACACAGAUGAUGUGGACAGCAAUGAGGAGGGAGGGCCUGAUGGCAGUCCUGUGGAAGAGGAAAGCUGGUUUGGGAACGCCUCUGACACACGCUCGGAGUCGUCGUCCUAUGGAGAUGCACAGGAUGAGCUCCUCCUACCCCGGGGCUCCUCUCCUGAAGAACGGCCUGGUGCAGCUGCUGGGUCUGGGGAUCAUGACACCUCUGGUGGCGAGAGUUCAUUGGGGUGUCCCACUCCUGUUCAUCGUGCCUCCCUGGAGCUCCUUGGACUGGACGGAGCUGCAUUCACAGCCCAAGACUCACUUUCCUCAGUGGUGUCGUCUCUGUAUGGAGAGGCAGCAUCCCAGGCCCUGGGGAAGCCCCUCAGCAGCAACCUACGGCGCCUUCUAGAAGCUGGAUCCCUGAAGCUUAACGCUGGUGAGCUCCUGGGCCGGUCAUCCAAGGGAGGUGCUGGGGGAGAGUCUCCUCCCAUAGGUCUUGCUCCACCGCUGACUCUCUCGCCAUCUUCUCACCAUGCCCAGCAGCUAAGUGCUCUUGCUCGGAAACUUGCCAGUAACAACAGCAACUCAACCUCAGCCUCACCAGCCUCCUUGGCACCCUCAGUCACCAACAUUAAGCAAGAGCCCCUUGACCCCUUUGCUUCUGUUACCCCAAGUAACGGCAGCAGCUUUGUAUGGGUGGGUGUGGCAGACAAGUGGCCUCCAGCUGGCUGUUCAGCGCCCAGCGGAUCAAGCCUGUCUCCAGACUCUGCCAUCCAAAAGCUAAAAGCAGCAGCAAAUGCUGUACUUCAAGACAAGAACGCGGUGGCUUCCUCUUCUUCCUCUUCGUCCUCCUCCUCUUCCACCUCUGCCCCUUCCACAGUGCCCACCCUAGGAGGAGGUGGUCGAGGGGAAGAUGUGGUGCGCUUUGAUGCCUUUACCUCCCCAUUCAGCCCGCAGUCGGCUAGCUCCACUCUCGCAGCACUCUCCAAGAAAGUCAGCGAACGGAGCCAAGCCUCGUCAACAGGCGUUGCUGCUGCUGACCCCCAGUCCUCAGCAAGCUCUUUCCUCUCGCUAGUCUCAAUGACCUCCUCAGCUGCCUUGCUAAAAGAGGUUGCAGCAAGGGCAGCAGGUAACCUGCUAGUGGAAAAGAAGGAAGGUUCCCCCCUAGCCACUGCUGGGGUCCUUCAUGAGGACGUGAAACCCCUCCUGGACAGAAACCAGAAAGCCCCUACACCCUCUACACCCACCCAGGGACUAGAACUGCUACUUCCCUCCACACCCAAGGGCAGGGGAAAACUGGGCAACCAAACAGGUUCACCUGAGGAUGGCGGCAAACCGUUCCAGUGUCCUGUUUGUGGACUGGUCAUCAAACGUAAGAGCUACUGGAAGAGACACAUGGUUAUCCACACAGGCUUAAAAAGCCACCAGUGUCCCCUGUGUCCCUUCCGCUGUGCUCGCAAAGACAAUCUCAAGUCUCAUAUGAAGGUCCAUCAGCACCAGGAUCGGGGAGAGACGUUCCAAUGCGAACUUUGCCCUUUCACCUCCUCCCGCCACUUCAGCCUGAAGCUUCACAUGCGCUGCCACCAGCACUUCCCUCGAACAGACGUCAAGGUGAAGGAGGAGGCCACCACCGACACGGAGGGCGAGGGCUCCCUGAUGGGAGACAGUGGCUUCACGGACCUGAGGGGGACUGAAGCCUCCCCACUGCGCUCAGACAGCAGGCAACAGACAUCCCCCCCAGUUGAGGCCUCCACCAACCAUGUCAACGUCAAGGAGGAGCCACAGGAGAGAGACCUGUCUGUGCUCUCUCCGUUUACCAUCUGCAGGGAACGCCCCAGCAGCAGUGCCAACUCCUUGGACCUCUCUGGAGUUGGGUUAGGGGCUGGGAUUAGGUCCAGUCCAAGUGGUCCAACCACAGCCUCCCUCUUCAGUCCCGAUAUCACCACCAAGACCGCCACUGACCUGCUUAUGAAGCUGUCAGCGGCCAAUCAGAGGGAGGCUCUAAAGUCUCCAUUCCACCUGAAGGAGGAGCCCCAAGCCGAGGAAGCCCUCAGCCCAAGGCCUGCCUCCCAGUCCCAAAGCCAAGGUCAGCCAAGCUUCCCUGCCAUCCUUUGCCAGGAUGGACCAAAGGGGGCUGUUGGAGCCACAGAGCGCCCAGGUCCACUCAAACCCAGGGAGGGGAGCCCCAUGGCUAAGAACAGCCUGUUGAGCCAGGACAUCAAUGUUAAGGUGGCUUCUGAGCUGCUGAUAAAGCUGUCAGAGAACAACAAAGAUGCCCAGCACCAGAAGGUGACAGUGAAGACGGAGCCUAUGGAGGUAGACCCUCUCCCCACAGAGCUAGCGCCACCUCCCUCUCAUCUGCUGGCCUUCAGCACUUUAGGGGCAAGUGAGAAGAGUGAGCCAUUACCCAAUCUCCCCGAGAUGCUGGCCCGCCCCCAGAAAGACCUCUUCUCCCAGGACAUAUCAGUCAAGAUGGCCUCUGAACUCCUAUUCAAGUUGUCAGAAAAAGUCAGCAAAGCCAAUGACCACAACAAAGACGGUAACAUGAUGGGAAUGAACAGUCCAUUCCUGGAUGAGCGCUUUAGACAAUCACCCUUUAACUCGCGCUCCAAGAGCUCUUCCCCCGCAGAGGCCAGCUCCUCUGCCAGGGCAGCCUUCCACGAUUCAGAAAAGGGUGGUGAGGUCACUGGAAACGGGAUUGCCCAGUGGAGAUUGAAUGAACAACUCUACCCCUGUCCUGUCUGUGGCAAGGUAUUUGGUAGACAGCAGACCCUCUCCAGACACUUGUCCCUGCACACAGAAGAGAGGAAGUAUAAGUGUCACCUGUGUCCUUACGCAGCCAAGUGCAGAGCCAACCUCAAUCAGCACCUGACCAUCCACUCUGUCAGGCUGGUCAACACGGACGCCGAGCAGAUCGUCACCGCCGUCACCGCCGAGUCAGCGGAGCGCAAGAACUGCCCCUACUACUACAGCUGCCAUGUGUGCGGUUUCCAGACGGAGCUGAACGCCCAGUUUGUCAGCCACAUGUCUCUCCAUGUGGACAAGGAGCAGUGGAUGUUCUCACUCUGUUGCAGCAUCUGUGACUAUGUCUGCGUGGAGGAGAGCGACAUGAAGAGCCACGUCAGUGCCGGGCACGCAGCUCUGAACUCUCGGAGCCCCCUGAGCGAGACUAAGAGCACCUCCUCCUCUCUAUCAGCUCUCAGCGAUUCACUCAACAGCUCUGAGGGCGGAGACCUCUCCCACAGUAACGAAGAACUCAAGAGCCUGCUAGCCCCGCCCUCCUCUGCGGGCAGCCAAUCCAGCUCCGGAAGUCAUUCGGGAUCAGAGGAAAAGUCUGAGAAAGGCUUCGAGUGUGUCUUCUGCAACUUUGUGUGCAAGACGCGCAGCAUGUACGAGCGGCACCUCCAGAUACACCUCAUCACACGCAUGUUUGAGUGUGACGUCUGCCACAAGUUCCUCAAGACACCCGAGCAGCUGCUGGAGCACAAGAAGUGCCACACUGUCCCUUCCGGAGGGCUCAAGUGCCCGUUCUGUAUCUACUCCACCAAUCGUCCAGCGGCCAUGGAGUGCCACCUCAAGACGCACUGCAAGAUGGAGUACCGCUGCCGCAUCUGCCAGGCGCUGUGGCCCGACCAAGCCUCAUUGGAGGCACACAUGCGCGGCCACCGCCUGGGCAACCACUACAAGUGUGAGCAGUGCGGCUACUUGUCCAAGACGGCUAAUAAGCUGAUAGAGCACGUGCGUGUGCACACAGGCGAGCGGCCCUUCCACUGUGACCGCUGCUCUUAUAGCUGCAAGCGUAAGGAUAACCUCAACCUGCACAAGAAGCUGAAGCACGCGCCGCGCCAGACUUUUGGCUGCCAAGAGUGCCCUUUCACCACUACACACCCCUUUGUCUUCAGCCGCCACCUUAAGAAACACCAGGGCGGAGGGGCAGGGGGACCGGGUGGAGGCGCACGAGGGGGAGGGGGAGAAGGAGGUGGAGGGGAAGAAGAGGAGGAUGAGGAGGCAGGAGAGGAGGAGCUGCUGCUAGAGGGCACGUCGCCGGGGGGGUUGUCGACAAGUCAGAGCAAGGAGCCCUUAGUGGGAGGGGGAGGAGGAAGCAGCGGAGGGAGCGGGAGCAGCAGCCCCCUUAUGAGUCUCACGGCCUCGCAGGCCCUGCAGUCGGUCGCCCUGUCGCUCACACUGGGGAAGUCCCACCAGGUGCAGGUACCGCCCCAAGCAGCCCAGCGCUGUUUGGUGAGCUCCAAUGGCAGCAGCAGCCGAGGCUUUGGCGGACCGAGCAGCGGCAGCCCCUCUCUCUUCUUCCCCUCCUCUCGCCAUGUCUUCGAGCAGUACAGGAACUAUGAACGGGCGCACCUGAUCCCCCUCACCACCCUGUUCUCCAACAACAGCCGCUUCACAUUCCACUCGCAUCCCCACUCACCCCACUCCAGAUCGCGGCCCGCCAGGUCACCUUUCCUACUCUCGUCCACCUCCCCAUCCCCCUCUCACUCCUCACCCGGCCCCGGCUCCCACAAACACUCCUUCCUAGCCUACCUGGGACUGAUGGAGAGGGCCAAGACAGUUUGA